AUGCAAAAUUCCAUGCAAGAAAUUACUUUUCAAACAAAAGAACAUCCAGAAUUGAAUACUUUACUGGGAAAUAUUUUCAGUGCUAGUCAAUUGUCCGACAGAAAUCUUAUACGUAGUAUACGACUGGAGACAUUUGAUUCACCAUGGUCAAAAUGUUUUCGUAUUGAUCGUCGCACGGGAGAUUUGUAUACUACACUAGAAGCAAAACAAUUAUUAGAUAGUGAGAAAAUAUGUAUAAAAAAUAAAAAUUCUAAACUUAUACUGUCAACAUUGAACAAGGUCACACAUUACUGUACAAUUCAUGUGUUAGUUUCAAUUAAUAAUCGUUUAUUGUUAUCAAUUAUGAUACAAAUCGAGGAUAUCAAUGAUAAUUCACCAGUAUUUUUAAAUGAAAACCAUUUAAACAGUACACAAAUCAUUUUCAUCAAUGAAACCGCAUUACCUGAAUUAACUAGAAUCCCUUUGAAACCAGCCUAUGAUCCGGAUUUUAAUGGAUAUAAUAAAUUAUAUUAUUAUUUAACAUCAAUGCCAAACGUUGAACAAAAUGUUGAUCAAUUGUCAAUAAAUUCGUUCAAUGUUCAAACACCAUUUCGUAUAGAUCAUCAGCAUCAUCAUCAAGAUGUAGCGUUCAAUUUUAAUGAAACGCCACAUUCAAACAAUUUGUAUCUUGUUUUAACUAAUACACUGGAUUAUGAAAAACAAUCUGAAUAUAAAUUUAAUUUAACUGUAUGUGAUAAUUCUUUAGAACAACAACAAUUCAAUAUUCAAUCGAAUCGUAUUCAUUGUUCAUCGAAACUACUAGAAAUUCAUGUGAAUAAUAUCAAUGAUGAAUUACCAUGGUUUGAACAAACCAACUAUUCAAUAACUAUAGCAGAAACAUUACCAGUUGGUAGUGAUAUUUUACAAAUUUCUGCUAAAGAUAAUGAUUCUGCACCGUAUAAUCAUAUUCAGUAUCGUUUAAUACCUAGUCAUGAGAUGAUGAGGUUAAAUAAUGAAAAUUUAUUUCAUAUUGAUGUGAAUAGUGGGAUGAUUAAAUUAGCUAAGCCAAUAUCGAAACCAGGUAAAUAUCGAUUUUCUGUAGAAGCUUUUGAUCAAGAUUAUUAUUAUUAUUCAUUGCCAAACUCUUUAAAUGUAGAUUCAUUUUUGCAAAAUGCGAAAAAUCAUUCGAAAUUCAAUAUUGCUCAUGUACACAUUGAAAUACUCGAUGUGAAUAAUCAUGCACCUCGCAUAGAAAUACAACACACACAAGAUACAGCAUUAUAUUUUAUCAAUUAUUCUAUUAUUAAUCAGUUUAAAUAUAUUGAAAAAACAAAUAAUUAUUCUAAAUUAUUAAUUUUAAAAAUUAAUGAAACAUUGUCAAUUAAUACACCUAUUGUUUAUUUCAAAAUAACUGAUGAAGAUGAAUUGAACAAUGCCGAAAUUCAGUGUAAUUUAACUCGUUCUAAACAAAAUAAACCAUUUACGUAUAAAUUGAAUAUUGAUCAUCAAGAAAAUAAUGAACAUUUAAUGGUGAAUAGAUUUGAAUUAAUUCAUUUAAAUCGUAUUAGUAAAAAUACUAUCAUAAAUAAAUUAAUUUUAUCACAAUCAAUAAAUGCAGAAAAAUUAAAUGAAUAUUUAUUAGUGAAAGAAGAUACUCGGUUCAAUGUUCAAUUUGACAAUAUUGCUGGUUAUUUAGGCUUGAUGCUACAAUGUUCUGAUCAAGGACAACCUCAAUUCACUACUUCGAUUCCUAUUUUGAUUGCUGUGAUUGAUAUAGAUGAAUUUUAUCCUACUGUGGAAUUGAUCAAUGCAUCUGUGUAUUGUAGAUCGUUAAAAUUGAAAGAGUUCACUAUGAAUUCGUAUAGUUAUGAUAUCAGUUUACCAGAAAAUAUACCAAUUCAUUCGGAAAUUGUUAAAUUAAUUGCUUCGGAUCAAGAUAUUACAGCAAAACUACAAUUUAUACAACAAAAUACUCAAUCAACUGUACCGUUUAUCAUUGAUCAAUAUAGUGGGAUGAUAAGUAGUCACAGUGAAAUUGAUUAUGAAUACCAGAAUACAUAUCAAAUGUAUAUUCGUAUCAGUGAUGUUACACAGUCCAAACAUUCAUCACUUGUUACAACAGUACAGAUUAAUAUUUUCAUUGAAGAUUUAAAUGACAACCCACCGGAUUUUAUCAUGAUGACGACAACGAGAACUUCAGCGCCAUUAAGUGAUUUAUUACAAUUCGAUGCAAGUUCCACAAUACGAGAACCUCUGCAAACUGGGAAUCAUUUACAAAUUAUUGAAUUACAAGAAGAAACAUUUUAUACACAACCGAUUGGUAAUGUACGAGCAUUUGAUCGUGACACAGGGAAAAAUGCUGAAAUGGUUUAUUUCAUCGCGGAAAUAUCGAAUCAACUACUUGUCAACCAAACAACACAUGCAUUGACAGUGCCAAAACUAUUGAUUGAUUCCAAUGGUGCUUUAUGGUGUGAAGGAAAAAUUGAUCGUGAACAAAUUCCAGCAGUGGAUUUAAUCAUUGGUGUACAUGAUCUUGGUGAACCUAGGCUGACAUCAUUGACAAAAAUUCAAAUUCAACUACAAGAUAUCAAUGAUCAUAGUCCUGAAUGGCAAUUUCCAACAUCUCGAGAUUUUUUAGUAUUUGUACCGAAAACUUUAUCGAUUGGUACAGUGAUUACACGAAUUCGUGCAACGGAUUCAGAUGAACCGACUAAAAAUGGUCUUGUCAAUUAUUUCGUUUACACGCCUAACAAUCAAACCACAAUGAAUCAAUCCAAAUUUGAUUUGAUUUCACGUACUAUUAUAUCAGAAUUUUUUAAUUUAAACUCUGAAUCAGGUGAAUUAACUGUGAAACAUUCAUUAGUAGUACUACCAGACGGAUUUCUAGAUAUCUGGUUAAAAGCUGCGGAUAAUGGUCACAUUGUUAGACAGUCGAUUGCAAAAUUAGUACUAUAUUUAGCUAAUACUCUUACAAAUAAUCAUCAUAAUCAUAACUUUUUAAAUCUAAAUAAUCCUCAAUUAUUAACAAGUCAUUAUGAAAAGAAUAAACACAUUCAAGAUAUUCCAUCACAAAUACAUUCCUUAGGAAAUUUUUAUGAGAUUCUACCAAAAAGAACACAUUUCACUACUAGCAGUGUAUAUACAACGGUAACUAGAAAAAAUAUGAAAACUUUAUUAUUAUUAAUUAGUGGUUCAAUUAUUAGUAUCAUAAUUAUUAUGAUAUGUUUAAUUGUAUGUAUAAUUUGUUUUAAAUAUCGUGCACGUUGUCAUAACAAUGUGAAAUUUGUUGAUUCAGUAAAACAAAUCAAUACACAUGAAUGUAGUAUGCCUAAGGAUAAUGAGAAUUUACCAAUAAAAUUAUUGAAUAAUAAUUAUUGUAAAGAUAACAGUAAUAAUAAUCAUAAUACUGGACAACUUGUUCAAGAUUCAAAUUUCACUCUUGAAACAUUGAUCGAUUCACAAUCAACAACAAUGACAGAUGUGAAACCAUUAAAUUAUUCAAUCUAUAAUGAACAACUAUCAAAACAAUUCAUUGAACCGAAUCAAUCGGAAGAUGAUUUAAACACAGCAAUGAUUCAAACUUAUUUACCAAUGAGUUUGAUUGGUGAUUCGAAUGAAUUCCACUAUUCACCAAUUCCUUCCAUGAUUGAUUUUUUAUCUGAUCAAAUUCCUUUGCAAUUAUUACAGGUGUCAAAUGAUACAUUUGCUGUACCAUUGUGUAUGACUCAUGAUCCUAAUGUUACUACUAUUGAACAUGGCUGUAAUACCAAUCAGUUGUCAACGCAACCUUUAACAAUUGUUGCAACAGUUGUUUCAACCGAUGAUAUUAAACAUGGCGUGUUACCAAUGGUUACAGAAGAACCAACUAAAGAUACCAUUGAUACUCUUGAACAAAAACUUUAUGAUCAUGAUGACAUAGGGAUGAAAUUCGAAGAUGUAACACAUUCCAAGACAUACUAUACUACAUAUACAACACCUUGUGUAUUAACAACACCUGCAAAUACCUCUUCAUGAAUGACAAAAUACACCUUUUUAUUGAAGACUAGUUUCAUUCUUCA